AUGCGAGCAUUCAUUCCCUUCCUCCUCGUUGCAGGCGCGACAGCGCAGAGCAUCAGCUUCGUCUAUACCGCGACGUUUACUGAGACGGCCUUUGCCUUUGUCACCAUCACGACAUGCCAGUGCCCGACGAGCACGACGGGCUUGUCGACCCUGCAAACGACGACUCCAUUGACGACAACAACAGCGACAACGUCUGCGACCACGACCACGACCACGACCAUUAGUGGCCCGAUCCUGCCUCCCGACACCAUCACGUCAGCCUCGUCGACCAUCACCACCUCCCUCGGGUCGAACACCCCCGGAAGUUCCAUCUCGACCCUGUCCACGACGACGACUUCGUCUUCGGGAAUCCCCGUGGUGACCAACGACGCAUACAUCGACGCCGUCCUGCGCCACCACAACAUCCACCGGACAAACCACUCGGCGGAUCCGCUCGUGUGGUCAUCGAGCCUGGCCGACACGGCUCGACUGAUUGCCGAGACGUGUGUCUAUGGACAUGACACAACCGUCAACGGCGGCGGCUACGGCCAGAACAUCGGGGCCGGCUACCCAGGCACACCGCUGGGCAUGGGCCAAUUCGUCACCGAGGGCCUCUACAACAGCGAGGUGAACAACUACGUCGCAUACGGGACGGAGCCGGACGUCAGCACUGUCGGCCUGUGGGGCCACUUCACCCAGAUCGUGUGGAAGGCCAGUACCGCCGUGGGAUGCUACACGGCCGACUGCACCGGCAGCAGUGGGGGACUGGUCAACGCGGGGCCCCCGAUCUCGCCCUUCUUCACCGUCUGUAAUUACGCGCCGGCCGGAAAUCUCAUCGGAUCGUUCGCCCAGAAUGUCGGCGUGUCGAUCGGUCUGCCGACAGUAUUUGGGGAUUAUUGA